UCUGGUAGUGUUUGGCGGUUUGUCGCGGGGGUUUAGAGGUUUUGACGACUUCUUGCGGGUACCAAUCUAGGGUUUGCGGAUAAAAAAAAUCUAGGGCUUUCUUGCCAAGCGACCUAAAACCGAUUCAUGGCUUGAAAGCCACGCAGUUUCCUCUGUUCCCACUUCUCAAAGAAUGGGUGAAGUUCCAUCUCUUUUCACUCUAUGUCUGAAUGCAGUUAGGAACGAAAUUCUACGCGGGGAUGAUUUUCCACGAGAUGUUUACGAACUUCCGUCGGAUUUGUUCGAUAGCUUGCUGACAUGCUUGCCUCCAUUGGCAUUGCACAAGUUGCAAGAGCAGAUGCCAUUUGAGAAUUGGGAUGAUGGCAUAUCUGCAGAUGGUUGCUUCAGAAAUCAAAGGAAACGCAAAAGAUAUUCGAACUUCGAUACCUUGUGGAGAACGUUUUAUAAGUCACGUUGGCCUGGCCGUGUCAGUAAAAAACCACCAGUAAAUUGGUUGGAAGGACAAAAUGCAGAUGGCCAUAAAUCAACAAAUGACUGGCAACAGAUCUACUGGGAGGCACACUUACAGAAUUGCCUCGAUGAAGCAGCAGAGAUAGCUUUGCUCCCGUCUUUUGAUGGAUGUAUUGGCGAAGUAAGAAUUCCAGAUGCCGUACUAAAAGCCAUUGGUUAUGAGGGGCACAUGAAUUGUUCAAGACCUGACUAUGCAAAGUUGUCUCAUCAUUGCCAACACUUUUGUUACUUGGCCAGAUAUCUGAGACUUCAAAAUGUUCUUUGCGUUGCAGAAACUUGUAAUUUAUUAAGGACCAGUAAAUUGCAAUGCUUGGAACUACGGUGGAUUAAGUCGCAAGAACACGUUGAAGGAUUGUGCAAGCUUUUGAACCAGAACAGAGAAACACUAAAAUCACUUGAAUUUGUCCACUGCAAGCUUUCUUCAACUAUUGUGGAUACAAUUUGUGAUUCUCUGUACCUGAAGGAUGUUCAUACUCAUACAGUGGAACACUUCUCAAUCAAGACAUCAAGCUUUCUUGAAACCAAUCAGUUUCCAUUGCCAGUUGGACUAGCAUCUUUUUUAUCAUCAGCAAGGUCCUUGUCUUCGCUAACACUCUCAGACAACCAUCUGGGGCAGAAUUUUGCGAAAAUGGUUUUUAGUACUCUCAUCGAUGCUGCAUCCUCCAUAUCUGUCCUCGACCUUUCAGAAAACAAUAUUUCUGGCUGGCUUUCUCAUUUUAGAUGGAGAUCGUCAAGUUGCUCCCAGAUGUCAUCAGGAAUAGGAAACUCAUUGCAAUCAUUACACUUGCUGAAUCUAAGGGGAAAUAAUCUACGCAAAGAUGAUGCAGCCUGUCUUAAAAAUGCUCUGGUUCAUAUGCCUAAUUUGGAGAUUCUUGAUAUAAGUGACAACCCUCUUGAGGAUGAUGGAAUCAUGAUUUUAAUUCCAUACUUUAUUGAGAUGUCUGAAAAGCACUCCCCUUUCAAGGAUCUGAAAGUGGAAAGUUGCGAGCUUUCGUGUGGUGGAGUGAGUCAACUUCUGUCUGUUCUUUCAACCUUAACUGGGCCCCUGAAUUCUCUUUCUAUUGGAGGAAAUGACCUUGGCAGCAAAGUUGGAGCACCUUUGGGGAAAUUUCUAGGCACAGGUAUACGAGCACUGGAUAUCGAAGAUAUUGAACUUGGUCCAUCUGGCUUUCUGGAACUACAGGAAGAAAUAAUAGAGGAUUUGAAGCUUGUCUAUAUCAACAUAAGCAAAAACCGUGGAGGGAAUGAAGCUGCAAAGUUCUUGACAACACUCAUUCCACGGGCUCCCGAACUUGUUGCAUUGAAUGCUGGCUAUAAUUUUAUGCCUUCCCAAUCCUUGUUAUCUAUAUGCUCUGUCCUGAAGGUUGCAAAAGGGAAACUUGAGCAUGUAGACUUGACUGGAAAUAAUUUGUGUGUUCAAUCUGCUGAUGCAACUAUGCUGGCUGAAUUUCAGAAAAAUGGAAAUCCCAUUUUUUUACUUCCUACAUUGCCUGCUUCAAAUGCUCCUUAUGACGACGAUCCUUAGGUGUUGGCAAAGUCUCUUAAUUUCUGGACCAUGGUUAUGCUGCAGAACUACAUAUUGUAGAAAUAGAGAAACUUAUGCUGCAGAGUACUAUCUAUAGAAGUUGCUGAAGCAGUCGUGAGUUAGUUAGCUAUGAUGCUUUCUGCUCAUCCAAAUUACUGAUUUCUUAAACUUAGUGGGAGAGAAUUUCCCUGCUACAUUCUGUUUAAAUGUUUAUUGGUUUGCCCUCAAUCACUGAUUACUUGGGUGUAGCGUUGCUUCUCGGAUUCACGCACUUGUGAACAACACACAGCAACUGUCAGUUCUUCUGGGUAUGACGACGAUCUUCUGGAAUUUGGUUAUGUUAUGAGUCUACAGUUAGCCUGUUUACGCUGACAAGACAGAGGCCCUCAAGGUAGCUGCUACUAGCAAUUGGAAAUCAAGCACUAUUCAUCCCAAUUUCAUAUUCAAGUUUGUUAUUACUCUGGAACCCUUGUUGAUCUGGGAAUAACACGAGUUACUGAAGCCUUUGAGUCACUUCAAGACUUCUGAUUUCUCCUUUGAACGAUGCAGACAUUUCUGUCCAAAAUUCCUAGGUGCUACCUGCUUUUUAUGGAAUCAUUUUCGGUGGCGUUUAUUUCAUAUUGCAGCAUGAAAGCUUGUUUUCAGCAGAGUCAGUACCACAUUGGCACACUUGGCUCAAAUAUCUACUGGAACUCAACUUUCAUUGGAAAUAGUCUACCAUUCUAUGGUAAGAGUUGCUGCGUUUUGGCUUUUCAUUCUUGUUUGCCCAUGCUAGUUCAGGAUGUAUGUUUUUUUUUUUUUUUUUUUUUGGGGGGGGGGGGGGGGGUGUUUUUUCGCUGGGAGAAUGUGACACUAGGAUAAGCUUGGAUUCGAUCAAUCCAAUCAUAACAUAUGCAGUAGAUGUUUUUUGUUGUGCACUAUGGCAACACAAGCCAAUCUCUUUCGCUGGUCUUUACUUUUCUUAUCAGCUAGUACUGCAACUUUGUGGUGCUCGUGGAACACUGUCCACAACAUAACAACCUUUUUCUAUUGAUUUGAAAGGUUUAACUUUUUUCUCUUC